GUAGAGCGGCGCGAGCUCACAUUCAGAGCGCUCGAGCGCCUUCACUUUCUGCUGCUGCUGAUAAAUCGAAAAGAUCAGACUUAUUUACUCAGAAAACACAAAGAAAACAUUCACACCCAAAACAUCUGUGUCGGAAUAACAAUUUCAGGCGUUUUUCUUUUCUUCGUUCUCUUUCUGGAAUGUGAGAGAUGGGUAGAUGAAAAAGUUUCGCUGCUUUGGUGUCUGAGGGAGUUUUGAUACGGGCGAUGAGUCCUGUGAAGAGAUUUUAUACACCAGACUGGAAAAACACUCAUCUAUCGCCUUCACUAAGACAAAUAAUAUCGCAUUAAACUCACCAGUGGAGAUAUGACUAUAGCAGCUGAUCUCUCUCUAUGGCAAACAUUAAUGCUGGAGGUAUGAUGUUGAGGUUUGUGCUGAUGAGUAAAGCAGAAUCAUUGAUGGCUGGCUGCAGGGGUCCAAUGGUGUGUUGACGGCGUCAUGGGGAGCUGUUUAAGCUGUCCCGAGAAAGAGAUCGACCCCAACCAUCACAACAAGUUCAAGGUGAUAAACGUGGAUGAUGAUGGCAAUGAACUGGGCUCAGGAGUGAUGGAGUUAACUGAGGAAGACCUCAUUCUCCAUACACGCAAGCGAGAUGCUGUCAAGUGGCCGUACCUCUGUCUGCGUCGCUAUGGUUACGACUCCAACCUCUUCUCGUUUGAGAGUGGCCGGCGCUGUCAGACCGGUCAAGGGAUAUUUGCAUUUAAGUGCGCACGGGCCGAGGAGAUCUUCAACAUGCUGCAGGACAUCAUGCACAACAACAGCAUCAGUGUUGUAGAAGAACCUGUGCUAGAACCAGAACCUCCAGUCACACCCCACACUCCCACCACUUUGGGUUACUCUGUCCCGACGGUAGCUAAUGGAAUUGGGCGGUACCCGUCAUUCGGUGACGCCUCCUCGAGACCUUCCAGCCGACACCCAUCAGUGGGCAGUGCUAGGUUACCAUCUGUAGGGGAGGAGUCGACGCAUCCGCUGCUGCUCAAUGACGAGACGGUGCACACUUAUGUCAACACGACGGGUCUCCAAGAGGAGCGGUGCAGUUUUAGUAGUGGCCGCACCCCUCUGGAGCUCCGACCCUCUUAUUCAGAAGACCCGGUCCCAGUUUCUCCUAAUGAAGUUGAGCCACAGGUAGUUUUGGAGCCGGAGGGUGCCAAGUUUGUUUUAGGCCCCACUCCUGUACAGCGGCAAUUGCUGCUAAAAGAAGACAGACCACUCGAGCAGGACUUAGGAGCGACCGGCUCCAACGUACAACCCAACGGCUCUCCAGUAAAGACUGUGAACGGUUGCACGGGACCCGCUGCGGACUGCGAUACCGGUUACGACAGUGACGAUCGCAAGGAGGCGUCCCACGAGCAGCACAACGGUUCAGCCCCUCCCUUUUCCUCCGGUGCGAAACGCAUAAGGCCUCCGAUGCCUCUCCCUGACCCCCAUAACGCCAAUAAUUCUGCUCAGAGGCGGACUGCGCUGCUCUACUACGAGAACCUGCCGGCGCUGCCGCCCGUGUGGGAGGCUCGUAAACAUUAUAGCGUGCCGCAGGACCAGGAGGAACUCAAAUCGCCCUCUCUUAACGGAUUUCAUUCCUUAGAUCCGCAGCACAACUACGUUAACACGGAAAACGUCACGAUGCCCCUCAGCGCGCACAAGCUGCGGGACUCCGGCACACAGGCCACCGUUUUUAACUUUGACUUUCGAAGGCUCGGGGUGGGCGACCCGCUCCGGCAGCUUAACUACAUCGAGGUGGAGAUGGACAAAGUGUCAGACUCUAGCGGACCCCAUACCCCGAAAACUCCCACGACGCCCUUACCGGCCACACCCACGCGCCGGACAGAACUGUACGCCGUUAUAGACAUCGAGCGCACGGCCGCCAUGUCAAACCUACAGAAAGCACAGCCACGAGAUGACGGUACGUCCAGGAAAACACGACACAACAGCACAGAUCUGCCUAUGUGAUCUCAUCAUGAAUGAUUUUGCUCUUUGCAUUCAAAAUGUUUCACAAUGUCCUGGGCACGUUUCACCCCAAAAUGAAUAACAAAUACCAUUUGCAUAAAUGAAGCCCUUAUAUUCCAAUUACAGUAAUGAAUUUCGAGCGUCACCUGAUAAAUUACAAUUCUUCUUUUUUAUUAAAUAAAAACAUAAUGUUUAAAUCUCUUAACAUGUGUUUAGUUCAGACAAAAUGUAAUGAAUUCUUUGGGUUGAUUUUGGGGUGUGCUAUGACCCAGACAUCAGUUUCAUAUUGUUACAAGUAUGUGUACUCUUUUAGUUUCAUACCUUAAAACACAAUAUUUCUGAGGUCUGUAGAUAUUGUGGUGGAGAAACACAGGUCCUGUAAUGUACGAGUAAAACCAACAUUUGUUUUAAUGAGGUAACAGCAGGUACUGAUCAGAAUAACAUGACAGGUAUUGAUGAGAAAACACUACAACAGUUUACCAGACCUCAUUUAUAAAUGCUGCCAUGUUUUUCUCUCUUUUUGCGAAUUCAAAGUCUCUUUUCAAUGUAAUUUACUCAUUUUGCACUUGAGAGCAAUAACCGAUGCUCACUGCGGUAUUCUAGAGUCACACGGUACACUACAGUCACUUUAAAAUCUUACUCUCAAAGCAGGUGUUUGUGUUGUUGUUUUUUUUAGGAGGUUACACACUACAUCCUUGUCAUGAUAGACUAUAUGGGAAAUAAUCUAGUUGCCAAGAAACCCUAAUACAAAAGGGCUUAUAGUCAUUCCUGUACAUUAUACCAUACUAGAGAUGCACUCUGUACUAUAUCUACAUAGCCCAACAUUAGUGCUUCUUGGUCUUAUUGGACGCAGAGAAAAAACAUGGCUUUAUAAGCAAAGAAAUAAGUCAAAACAUUUUGUUUUGUACGUAUAUCUGAUUUGACAUAAAAGGCAAAGUAAAUUCUAGACUUUUAUAGUGAAUGCAUUUUAAAAAUGACAGACUUUUCAUUAUCUGUGAUAUUAUGAUAUUAACACAUUAAUAUCGGUUAUCAACCAUUAUAAAAACAACAAUCUGCUUUCCACAUUGGCCAAAGGCAUCCUUAUAAAAUCUCUAAGGUAUUUGAAAGGUUUGAGUAUUGAUUUGAGGGUCUGUUUGAUUUGGGUGUGAUGGGUAUUUCACUAAGACAGCAGUGUUAUAGAGCGCGUGGUGUAAGUUAAGAUAAACUUUUUUCUUUGGGGCAGGAAAGUCACCAAUGGGAACACAAAACGAAUUAUAGUUGGUCAUUGUACUCGAUGUAAAGAGGAGAAUCUGUUUUGAGAAGAGCUCCGAGAAUGUACGAGGUGCUGCGUUUGCAUUUCUAUUCAUCACUGUGUCUUAGCAGGAAACAUGAUUGUAUUGUUCAUCAAUGUCUGCUUGAAUGUUUUUUCCAAACAAUGGACACAUCUGUUUACGGCGUACAGACUGUUCUAGGCAUUGGUUUAUAUUGUUAAGUUUAUAUUGUAAAGUUUAUUGUAUGCUCGAAAUGCAUUAUAUCAUUUAUUUUCUACCUUUUUGAAAGAGUGCGCAAAUAUAGGAACAUACAUGUGUACAAAACAUCCAGUAGUUUUAGAAACGAAAGAGCGCUAACAAAAUACUAGAAAUAUCUAAAUCAUUUGCCAAAUGUAGUGUUUGAGAAAAUGAUUGAUUGGUUUAUUCUGAUAUCCCUCGUGUGGAUGGGGUUUAUUCAGGACAGAUGCGAGCGUACAUUCCUAUGAGAGUAUUCCACAACAUAUGAACAUUGUACUGAAACUAGUUUUGAUAUUUGCUUUUGAUAUACUGACAUCGGUUUAGUAAAAUGUUUGUAUUUUUUAAGAAAAGACAAAAUAUUGUGUAUUUUGUGAUAUGUACCGUUACAUCCUCUGCCCUCGGUGCCAACUCUAUUUUUGUAGCAUGGCAAAAAAAAUCAUUAAAGACAAAAAUAAA